AUGGCGGCGCCAAUAUGUUCAAAGUCGAGAGUAAUAUCACUGAUGAUGACUUCUCUCUUCAUCUCCCUUGCAUUGGCUGAAACUAAUGCCAUUUCUCUCCAAUGGUCGAAUACAAGUUAUGGUCUUGAUGGUCCAUGGCAAGCUGUUUCAAUCAGUAUUGGUACACCUUCUCAAAAUAUUGACCUUCUCCCAGGCGGAUCAUGGUCAUCCAAUAUCUUGAGCACUUCAGUUUGUUCUAACUUUUCAGAUUGUCCAUCGCUAAAUGCUGGUCUUUUCAACUCACUUUCCUCGUCUUCUUACACGCAGAUCAACUCUACUGGUAUCAUUUCCAAUACUACAUUUGCAAGUCAAGCUGGUGCACUACCUAUACUGUCUGGUACCGCUAAUAUAGGACUUGAUACCUUGAUAGUCUCCAACGAAACAGAUAGCUACUCCAUCGAGAACUUUGAACUCCUCGUUAUUGAGAAUGCCAAUCAAACCCUAUCAAAUGGAACAACAUAUACACCUCAAAUCGGAACCCUUGCCUUAGGUUCUCCAGACCUCACUCAAACAUUCUCCUCAAAUCUCACUGGUCAAUUUCUUUCCUCUGGUUUAUAUUCCAAAGGUAAGAUCCCAUCAAAUUCCUUCGGUUUACAUAUUGGUUCCGCUUCAAUUGGUAUUCCCGGAAGUUUGGUGCUCGGGGGAUACGAUCAAUCUCGAGUAUUAGAAUCUUUCACUGCGCAGCAAGGCUACAACGGUACAUUUCCCUUGUCACUCGUUGAUAUAUCUAUUGGUACUGCUGCCGGCUACUCUCCAUUCAACUUCAACUCUACUAAAUCCGGGCUUCUCUUCAACGCGGCAACAGCUGCCGCCUCUAACGACUCACUAGCCGUGGAUAUUGAUCCCUCAGUCCCGUAUCUUUACCUUCCAACAUCCACCUGCGAUAUUCUCGCCUCUCACCUCCCCAUAAUCUACAACGAGGACCUAAAUCUCUUUCUCUGGAACGCUACAUCUCCACUCUACAAACCUAUCAUCUCAUCACCCACCUACCUCGCCUUCACAUUCUCUAACACAGACUCAGAUAACAAGAAUACCCAGACAUCUAUCAAAAUCCCCUUCUCCCUCCUCUCACUUGCACUAACAUCCCCUCUAUCCAACACCUCCGAACCCGUCUCCUAUUUCCCCUGCCAGCCCUCCUCCCUCUCCUCCGGAUCUUGGGCCCUCGGUCGCGCAUUCCUUCAAGCUGCUUUCUUAGGAACCAUAUGGACAAAUUCGUCGAACAUGACCACUUCUUCCCCUAAUCCUCCAUUCUUUCUUGCUCAAGCACCUGGUCCCGGUUUUGCAAAUGAAAAAUUAAUAGAUUUGCAGCCGGAUUCUACUUCUCUCAAUAUCUCAAACAUCCAGUGGAAAGACACCUGGUCCUCUUACUGGACACCUCUUACCACUCCUUUCGAGCUCUCAUCCCCGACAAUAUCCCCCUCCCCAUCCCCUUUAUCUUCACCUCCCUCUUCCAAUUCCCACCUCUCUACCGCCAAAAUCGUAGGAAUAUCCAUCGCCGGCGCCACCCUCCUCAUUUUCCUCCUAGUCGCCAUCUCCUGGAUUUGUAAACGCAAAGCUAAUAUUGCAAGAGCGGAGCAAGAAUUAGAAAAAGAAAAAGCGGUUGAAAAGGAAAUAGCAAUGAAAGAGAAGGAGAGACAGGGUACUGAUUUGGGAUGGAUCAAAUUGGAAGAUGAUCCUUGA